UUACAGGCCGUCAUAAGGUGCGGGUCACGCCAAGGAGAGCCGGGUUCUUGUUGAAGACUAGUAUAUACGUAACAAGCAAACAUGUGUGACGACGACACUUGCGCGCUCGUGUGCGACAAUGGCUCCGGCCUCUGCAAGGCUGGCUUCGCCGGAGACGACGCUCCUCGUGCCGUCUUCCCCUCCAUCGUCGGCCGCCCCCGUCAUCAGGGUGUGAUGGUCGGCAUGGGUCAGAAGGACGCCUACGUCGGUGAUGAGGCCCAGAGCAAGAGAGGUAUCCUCACUCUCAAGUACCCCAUCGAGCACGGUAUCAUCACCAACUGGGACGACAUGGAGAAGAUCUGGCAUCACACUUUCUACAACGAACUCCGUGUUGCUCCUGAGGAAUCUCCCGUCCUCCUCACUGAGGCUCCCCUCAACCCCAAGGCCAACCGUGAGAAGAUGACCCAGAUCAUGUUCGAGACCUUCAGUUGCCCCGCCAUGUACGUGGCCAUCCAGGCCGUGCUGUCCCUCUACGCCUCUGGUCGUACCACUGGUAUCGUCCUCGACUCCGGUGACGGUGUGUCCCACACUGUCCCCAUCUACGAAGGUUAUGCUCUUCCUCACGCCAUCAUGCGUCUCGACUUGGCCGGCCGUGACUUGACUGACUACCUGAUGAAGAUCAUGACUGAGCGUGGCUACUCCUUCACCACCACCGCUGAACGUGAAAUCGUUCGUGACGUAAAGGAGAAGCUUUGCUAUGUCGCCCUCGACUUCGAGAACGAGAUGGCUCAGGCAGCUGCAUCAACCUCCCUGGACAAGUCCUACGAACUUCCCGAUGGUCAGGUCAUCACCAUCGGCAACGAGCGCUUCCGUGCCCCCGAGUCUCUUUUCCAGCCUUCCUUCCUUGGUAUGGAAUCUUCUGGCAUCCAUGAAACUGUCUACACAUCUAUCAUGAAGUGCGACGUCGACAUCAGGAAGGACCUGUACGCCAACACCGUCAUGUCUGGAGGUACCACCAUGUACCCUGGUAUUGCUGACCGCAUGCAGAAGGAAAUCACCACUCUGGCUCCUUCCACCAUCAAGAUUAAGAUCAUUGCUCCUCCUGAGCGUAAAUACUCUGUGUGGAUCGGCGGUUCCAUCCUGGCCUCUCUCUCCACCUUCCAGGCCAUGUGGAUCACCAAGGAGGAGUAUGACGAGUCCGGCCCUGGCAUUGUCCACCGCAAGUGCUUCUAAAUUGGUGCUAAGCGACUUUGUUCUCUGCUAAUUGCUUUUUAGAUGUUCUUUCUGUUAAACAGAAGGGACUCAUAACAAUGAGAAUUGGAUGGUA